UUUGUGCAGCAGAGAAGAAGACGAUGAGGUCCUGUCUGCUGUCACUCCCAGGCUAUUCCUCAUCCAUGGUGGAGAUGGUGCAAAGUGCAAACUUGCAGAUGGAGGCGUUGUCGGUACCGCUCUGAUCAGCCAACUACUCGUUAGCUGCUCCGCAUCGUACUUAUUCAAUUUAGCACAACAGGAUCAUCAGGAUAUUUCAGUUACUUCCGUGUUCAUAAAGGCUGACCGUCGAGACAGAAUUCCGUAAACCUGAUUGGCUGUCGGACCUCUCCAAAAAACUCUUUCUUGUUCCUGAUUGGACGGCGAACGAACCCGCUUUGAGUGACGUGCACCCUCUAUGCGCGUACCCGCUAACGAGACACGCAACGAGGUCAUAUGCGUCUCCGGAUGUGCUCCUUCACAUGUCUCUUCCAAGAUACUCCCUGGUAGGAGACGAGUCAUAAAGGAGAAGAAGGCCUGAACUGUACUGAAACGAUUUGGGAUGCUUCAUGUUGACCCUUGCUUUUCCCAAUCUGAGCAGAGCAGUGUUGCGUGUGAGGAACCUGACUGCUCAACUCUCUAAAGCAACCAUGUUCACAAACAACCAGGCAUUUAGUCAGUACUCUGCAGCCAACGGGGAUGCUCCCACUGCAGCCAUUCUCAUCAUCGGAGAUGAGAUACUCAAGGGUCACACGCUGGACACAAACAGUGCCUUCCUGACACGAGCACUAAGAAAACUUGGAGUGUCUGUUCAGCGCAUAUCGGUCAUACCCGACGUCCAGGAGGUCAUCGCCAAAGAGGUGGCCCUCCUUUCCCCUCAGUAUACACACCUCAUCACCUCAGGCGGCAUAGGCCCCACCCAUGACGACGUCACCUUUGAGAGCAUUGCCAUGGCAUUCCAAGAGGAGUUAUACCCCCACCCUGAGCUUUCCCGGUUGGUUGAGGAAUUUUUCGGGGUGGCGGAUAAGGACAGUGCUGCUAUGAAGCUGGCCAUGGUGCCUCGCUCGGCCAAUCUCAACUAUGGAACUGACUCUCAGACUGGACAGCCGCUCCGCUACCCACUGGUCAGUGUGCGUAACGUGUAUAUCUUUCCUGGGAUCCCGUCUCUGAUGGAGAGGGCCUUCAAUGGGCUGGAGCACCUCUUUGCUGGUUCAGGGACCACUUUUCACACCCGUGAGGUGUUUGUGGAUGCAGAUGAAGCAGAGAUCGCCCCUGUGCUGACCAAACUGCAGGCUGGUUGGGGUCGGAAGGUGGCCCUGGGCUCCUACCCAGACUGGUUGAGCAACUAUCACAGAGUCCGGCUGGUCCUGGACUCGGAUAGCCAGGAGGAGGUGGACAAAGCCCGGGCCCAGCUGCUGGAUGAGCUGCCUAAGGGAAGCGUGGUGCCCUUGGUGACUGACCCGGUUUCCAUCGCCACUGCUGAGGUGUACACACUGGCCAACAGCGGCUCACCGUUGGGUGAUAAAGUUAUGUCUUCGCUGAAAACGAUAGAGGCUGCACUGGAUCAGUAUUCCACAGAGGAAGUCUGCAUCGGCUUCAACGGAGGCAAAGACUGCACGGCGCUGCUCCAUCUCUACUACGCAGCACUGAAACGACGAUAUCCAGAGGGUAAAGACAAAAUGAAAGCCCUGUAUAUCCGUAUUGUCUCCCCAUUCCCAGAAAUGGAGAGAUUCCUUCAGGACACGAUAAAAAGAUAUGACUUGGAGAUAUUCUCCGUGGAGGGCAGUAUACGGCAGGCGCUGAACGAGGUGCAGGAGAGGAGGCCGGAGCUGAAAGCGGUCCUUAUGGGAACCAGGAGGAGUGACCCCUACUCGAUCACACUCGCAGCCAUGUGUCCCACUGACCCCGGCUGGCCCAACUACAUGAGAGUCAACCCAUUACUGGACUGGACGUAUCAUGACAUCUGGUCGUUCCUGAGGACGCUAUAUGUGCCCUACUGUAUUCUCUAUGAUAAAGGGUACACUUCACUUGGCAGUAUGGACAACACCUGUCGAAACGCUUCCCUCCAGGUGGUGGACGAGAGGGGGGUGAAGCGGUACAAGGCGGCCUACCUCCUGGAGAACGAAGAAGAGGAGCGAAACUCCCGUGCCUGAUGUAGCCUCACUUCUCCCCGUGUCACCUGUUGCUGAUGGAGCCUGGUUUUCAACCCCCCCCUGCACAAAUGAAACAUGGCCCUUUUUUAAUCAAGUCGUCAUGUGAAUAUUUGCCGAAUAUCUGCAGAAUGAGAUUGUAAAGGACGUCUGUGUGCGAGAGUGUUCUAUUUGUUUAUACAUGUGAGUUUCAGCUGAAGUAGAGGCUCUCUGUUCUUGUGAAUAAAACAUGAAUAUGU